AUGGAUCAACAGGAACUCCUGGAGGUGCACUCAAUUUUGCAUCUAAUCUAUCACCGCAAUAAAAAUCAACAUCAGCGAACAAAAUGGUGGAAAUGGCUUUCAAUGCUGAAGCGCAUCUCCCUGGAUUUGGGAUCACAGGACUCGGACUCUGUCGCGGCCUAUCGCCAGCAUCUAGCCAAGCUCAUCCCACGCUGUCACUUAGCAUUCUCUACCGUGGUCGCCGAUAAACAGUUUUCGACCCUCGGGAUUGUGCUCGUGUCUACUCUAGCGCGACUUGCGAAGGUGACUGGGGUCGACGUGGAACUAAAUGCGCGCCCAAUGCAAAAAGCCAAGCCAAAACAAAAGACACAAAAGACAUUAGUGCACACUCUUUCGGAGGAUCUUGGGGAGCGUGUGUCUCGGGUUGGUACAGCCGAUGUUCUACCUGAAUCUAGCAAACCACAACCAGUCAAGCCCAAGUUUAAGGAUGUAGAAAAAUCUCUGGAGAAAACAGAGAGCACGAAGCGCAAGAAACUCGGCAAGAAGAAGAAAAAUGCUAUUGACGACCUUUUCAGCGGAUUGUUCUAA